GCGCCCUGUCUGCCUUGCUGUACCAGCAACAAGCUCGAGCAGGCGAGCAGCGAGACCUAGCGAGCGAGACGAGAAGGUUAGCCAGUUCUGAUGCCGUGGCAUGAAUGAUCUCAUCCCAAUCUGAUCUCCCGCUAUUUACAGAGAAUCCUAUGACCGACACCGGUAUUAAGUAAAACCAAAAAAGGAUUAACUGAUUUGACUGCUUGGGUUGCCAGAUUGAUACUUCACAUAACCCGAGCCAGCAGCAGAAGGAAAUGCUAUCAACGUCAGUAUAGUGGGGGAGGGGAGCCAGCUAACAAGGAGGAACUCGGGUGAAACUAGCUAGUUAGCUGUAUUAUUUUUUUCCUACGAUUGUUGUUUGCUGUUUCAGAUUGACAUCUUUGUUCAGAAUAACUGUUUAUCAGACAGCAUAACAUCUCAAUAUAUCAGUCUUUGUGCAAUUUGGUGAGAUGAAUGUCUUGACUCUUAUCUUGACCAAUGUUUUAUAUCUAAAUAACAUAUUGAAUCUUUAUUCAUCAGUUUCUAUCAGGCCCUAACAGACUUGUGUUGAAUGGUCCCUUUCAGGCUUGCAGUGUGUAUUCUGAUGGAGGAGCCUCUUAGUUGCCACACAUUUUUAUCUUUCAAGUUUCCUUCUUGUCUUGUCACGACUACUUCCCCAUGUCUUGUUUUCAGACAGCCAACUAGUUAAACACACCCAAUAAGCUUGAAUGCAGCUUCUGCACAGGGACAGCUGCAUUUGUAUCUACGGCCGGGCUCAUUUUUGCUCUUAUUUGUACACGUUUUGUUUUCACAAAUAGUUUAUCAUCUUUUAACAGGAUCAACCGUUGUUCGAAAAUACGGGAAUACACAUUUCCCUUCGUCUGUCUCCCGUGUUGUGUUUUUUUUAACGACCCCUUUAUGAAUUCUCUUAGUCAUGGUGUAGGAAAUUUGAGUCUGUGCAAGAGCAGGUGUCCCUCUCCCCUGGAGCUGAUGCGUUCCUCUGUUCACCCCAGAGGCUCGCGUUGGUCCCAGUCGUGGACAGCAGAAGUAAUAUCAUGGUCUGUUUCAGUACGGAGAGAUGUUGACUGACACUGACUGACACUGGAACGACUUCUCUGCACUCUUCAUCUUUCUCGAGCAGUCACAAACUCUUGCACUCACAAUCUGUCAAAUGAGUUUUUGUGGUGGGUGGGUGAUGCGUGGGUUCAGUAGCCCCAGUUCAUCCAUGUUAGACCAGCACAGGGCUCCAUGGGCAGGCCCCCCCCCCCCCCCCCCCCGAGUACCAGGUAUCCAGCACAUCAUUGGCUUGAAACAAAAUCAAGUCUGCUGUUUUGCUGUCAUCUAGAAUAGUGUAGUUAAUGCUUAUAAAUCCUUUUAAAAUUUUUAUUCAAGGUUCUUCUGUUCAAAUUGUGUCUUGUAUAUUUUGGUUUAUGUUACAUGCUUGCCUCCCCUUGGAUUUCCUGUGCUGCUUCUCAGAUAGUACAUGUAGCGGAGUAGUGAUCCACCUGCUUCGCCCUCCGCCCUCCUAGCAGAGCCUCCCAGUAGCUCCCUCGGCUUGAUGGGACAUGUAGUCGGAAACCUAGCAACUAUACUCAGUCCAGUCCCUUCCGUAGUGACUGUUUUAUUGGUGCGCGGGAGUCAGCGGCCAUGCUUACCUUGAGGCAAGUUUUCUGACAUCUUGAGAGUCAGCCUAAAAUGGGCAGAAAUGGUGCAGAACAAAAGCUGCUUGUUGCUUGUACAAAGGUUGAGACGUGCAGCAGCUGGGACCGGGGUGCUAUGCUAAUGCCUGUGCCUUCGACAGGAAAGAGAAGCAACAUGUUCCCGAAGGGCACGAAGCGCAAGUUCUCCGACUCCGGGGAUGAGCCGGGGGCGGCCGGCGAGGAGACCCAGUCCAGCUCGAUGGCCAUGCGGAUGCUCUCCUCCUACAGCCUGCAGCGCCAGUCCCUGCUGGACAUGUCCCUCAUCAAGCUGCAGCUGUGCCACAUGCUGGUGGAGCCCAACCUGUGCCGCUCGGUGCUCAUCGCCAACACGGUGAGGCAGAUCCAGGAGGAGAUGACCCAGGACGGGACGUGGCAGAUCAUGACGCAGGCCCUGAGCGCGGCGCAGUGCCCCGCCGACCACCUGGUGGCCACGGAGGUCCUGUGUCGGCAGGCCGAAGCGGCGCAGGGAGAGCAGGGGCCCAAGCCCCUCUCGGAGGAGGAGGAGGGCUACCACGAGGAGGACGAGGAGGAAGAGGAGGACGAGGAGGAGGAGGAGGUGGUGGUCGAGGAGGGGGAGGGGGAGGGGAAGGUCACCAUGUCCUCUGGCGUCCCCCAGGCUCCGGCCCCUUACCUGCCGGGUAGUUUUGGGCUGGACCCCCGCUGGGAGGAGGACCACGAUGAGGAGGAGGACGAGGAGGAGGACAGUGAGGAGUGCGGGUCUGGGUCGGAGGGGGAGGAGGGGGACAACAGGCUGGUGGGAGACUCCAGGACAGCAGAGCAGGUCUUUGGGACCUUUGAGAUUAAAACCCCAGCGCCCAGCCCCGACCCUGCUCUGGAGGAGCUGUUCUCCGACGUGGACGCCUCCUACUACGACCUGGACACGGUGCUGACGGGGAUGCAGAGCGCGCCUAAGAUGGGGCCCUACGACCUCCUGGAGAGCCUGUCCUCCCACGGGCCCUCGGCCCUCAGCUCCAGCUCCAGCUGCCGAGCCGACCUCAACGAACUGGACCACAUCAUGGAGAUCAUAGUGGGCUCCUGAGGACUACCUAGCCUGAUACCAGACUGCACGUUGUGUGUGCAUGGAUGGGGAGCCCCUCGACACAUUUUAGACAUUGGAGGGUUAUGAAAUCAGACUUGGUUAUGAAUCUGAAGCCAGCAAUGAUUACUUAUACCAUGAUGUUUUAUUUUUUAUUUGACAUAUUUUCUAUGUUCACUUUUGUCAUACAUUCUAUAUUUUCCAGUCUUUGUUUAUUUAUUGUUGAAUGGACUGAAGAUCAAUUCCACACUACAUGACAAAAGAGCUGAACAAAUCGCAAUGCAUAUUUUCCUAAAGAGUCAAACCAAUAUGAAUGAAAUAUAUGUAUAUGUACGUAUGUAUAUAGAAAUAUAUUUUUUUGCAUUACACAGCUUGGGAAAUUUACCAAUAUGAUGUAAUAUUAUUUGUCCUUGAUAGGUUUUAAGAUUUUAAUGUAGCCAGAUUCUUCUGUCUUCCUAUGGGUUGGUAUCAAGCAGACUGCAGCAGAAUCAGACUGGCUCCUCCAGGCCUGCUGGUCGGCUGGCUCUUUCAGGCCUGCUGGUCGGCUGGUUCCUCCAGGCCUGCUGGUCGGCUGGUUCCUCCAGGCCUGCUGGUCGGCUGGUUCCUCCAGGCCUGCUGGUCGGCUGGUUCCUCCAGGCCUGCUGGUCGGCUGAUUCCUCCAGGCCUGCUGGUCGUCUGGUUCCUCCAGGCCUGCUGGUCGGCUGGUUCCUCCAGGCCUGCUGGUCGUCUGGUUCCUCCAGGCCUGCUGGUCGUCUGGUUCCUCCAGGCCUGCUGGUCGGCUGGUUCCUCCAGGCCUGCUGGUCGACUGGCUCCACAUCUGAAUGAACACAUGGAACAUGUAUUACACAUGGAACUGGGAGAGUUCUGGGGACCUUAACCCUUUCACCUGCAGUAAUAAGCCAUAUUUUCUGACUUUUGUAGAAUAACAAACAACUAAUUAUGAGUUAACCCACCUAAGUUAUUUCCUUUUUUUAAUUUAUUUGUAUUUAUUCAACACAGAUAAAAACAUGUUGAGUUGUAUUUUGUUGAGACAGAUAUUCAUUCCCUGUUCUGUAACAAAUAUGGGCUUACUACUCUAUGCAGUUCUUUCAUACAAUUCACACAUGAUUGUACUCAACAGUAAUAAUAUCAGUAUUUUGUUUCCUUUUUUUUUUUUUAUAUAUAUAUAGGCAGUUGAUUCUCUAGAUCUUAUCAUGAUGAAGAGGUUACUCAGGCUAGUGUUGGUGAAGUCAGACAGUAUUAACAUGCUUGUUACCUUCCUCACUCCUCCAGGAAUGAUGUCACUCUGGUUUGAACACAAGCUGGAAUUUCAAAGACCUUAACAGUUGUAAAGUAUAUGCAUUUUUUAUAUUCAGAAAAAAACAUUGUACCGUCUUUGUAAAUAUUUUUUAUAAUAAAAGGUACAAAGUGUA